AUAAUAGAACAGCAAUCUGCAAGAUCUGCAGCCAGUACUUUGCCGUUCUUCCUACACAUGACUUUAUGCAACCCCCAAAGGAAGCAGCCGUUGCUAUGCUAGUCUCAAAAAUGACGGGUUAUUAAAUUGGUAAGCAGGUGAGAAAUUAUUAGGUGAAACUCCCAAAUGAAUUAAGAACGUAUAGACUUCAGAGGUGCACAAAACUCUUUAUAGGGCCAGCUGAAGAUCCAUGUAUGGCCCAGAAACAUACAUAGCGUUGCCAGAAGUCAGGGUUGCCAAUAGAAUCCGGCCAGCCCAAGCCCAGCCAUCUUACCUGGUGCCAGUUCUAAUGUGUAUUUGCUCUUAUUUGUGAACAAGCAGAAUCUAGAAAACACGGAAUAGUUUUAUUCUGACAUAAGCCCAGCACAUCUCUGGCUUUUAUCCAUGGAUCUUCCUGUUUCCCUUUCUCAGGCUCUGUUUUGCACUAAGAUUGUUUAGACAGCUGCCUGGUUCUCAGCAGCUUCUCGUGAAAGUGGAGUGACAGGACCAUGGACUCACAAUAGCAAAGUGUGAUGUCACAAGGAAUGGGAGGGCAGGUCAACAUUGUGGCAUAAAUGUUAUGUGUUCCAUUCUGGAAGUGAUGAGGGGCUUUCGUAAUCAUGGUGGUGGUGGGGAACCACUUGCGAGGAUGACUUAACAUUGGAAGCUUGGGGAGGGGAAGAGACCCAGGCUCCUGUUGUUGUUGCUGCCCGUCGUCGUUGCCGCCGGUGGGACGUUUGGCAGCUAGAGUUCCUUCGAGCGUGGACGGACUCUCUGCUUUCAGAGGGGGGCCCCUUCACUCCCUUUUGGAAGAGAGCAGACGGACGUGGUGGGAUUGCCAUAAAGAGCUGGGAAGGGCCGUGGUGUUGUGGAUACUUGAGCAGAAAGAAGCAGGAGGCUCUGGGUUGUGGGCAGUCUGAACCAGGGACAAGACAAAGAAAGGAGUCAGCAAAAAGAGGAGACGAGACGCAAGAGAGAAGUCAGGGCUGCCCUUGGCAUCCUCUUUAGAAUUUUUACAACAAUUUUCCAUCUCUCCUUCCCUGAAGAAAAAGAAAAAGACAUCCCUGCCCUCUACAUCAGAGCCAUUGGUGUGGCUAAAAUGCCACUUCCUGCUGUUGCGGCUGCGGCAGACUGGAUGGGAGUCUGACCCUUGCCUCUAGGGAAAUAAGAGAGGGAGGCAGGGACCCUCUCCACAUCUCUGAGCCGAUUUUCUGUUUGAAUCCCUUUUUAAAAACCUCAGUCCCGCACCCCUCCUGCCUGAACACACGAUGUGCGGCUUUUGGAGCUCUUUCUGCUGUCGGCCUGUUUGAAGAACUGGCCUUUUCUGUUGCCCUAUCCAUUUCCCACAGGUUUCUUUUCUUGCAAAAGAAACCUGUCAUGUCUGAAAAUAAGCGCCCCAAACUCCCUAGCAUUCCUGAGACAGCCCUGCAAGACAGUUCAGAUGAUGAUGCCUUCCUGCCCAAUGAUGCCAGUACCUCUCAAGUCCCAGCUUCUCAAGAUUCCCCCUCAAAGCCUCCACAGUCUCCACUCUACUUCUCUCCCCGUUCUCCCAACUACGUCAUGAAGAUAAGGACGAACAGGCACCCCCAGGAUUUCUCAUGGAAAAGGAGGGGUCUUUCGUGUUUUGAGAUCGAAAAUGGCCCAUCACCAGGACGUAGCCCGCUGGAUUCCCAGGCCAGCCCAGGCCUGGUGCUUCACCCCAGCUUCCCACAGAGCCAGAGGCGCGAGUCCUUCCUUUACCGUUCGGACAGUGACUAUGACAUGUCGCCGAAGACUAUGUCCCGCAACUCCUCUGUCGCCAGCGAAGCACAUACGGAAGACCUGAUAGUGACACCUUUUGCCCAGGUCCUGGCAAGCCUGAGGAGCGUACGUAACAAUUUCUCCAUCCUGGCAAAUGUGCCUACGCCAACAUCUAAUAAGCGGUCACCCAUGGGUAGCCAGCCAACUGUUUGUAAAGCCACGCUCUCAGAAGAAACAUACCAGCAGAUGGCCAAAGAAACUUUGGAAGAACUGGACUGGUGCCUUGACCAGCUAGAAACCAUACAGACCUACCGCUCUGUCAGUGAGAUGGCUUCCAACAAGUUCAAAAGAAUGCUGAACCGUGAACUAACCCAUCUUUCUGAAAUGAGCCGUUCGGGAAACCAAGUCUCUGAAUACAUUUCCAACACUUUCCUAGACAAGCAGAACGAUGUGGAGAUCCCAUCCCCAACACAGAAAGAACGGGAGAAGAAGAAGCGGCAGCAACCCAUGUGCCAGAUUAGCGGGGUCAAGAAACUCAUGCACAGUUCCAGCCUGACCAAUUCCAGCAUACCCCGUUUUGGGGUCAAAACUGACCAAGAAGAUCUACUCAAUAAGGAACUAGAUUACCUGAACAAAUGGGGCCUUAACAUUUUCCGAGUUGCCGAAUACUCCAACAAUCGGUCACUCAGCUGCAUCAUGUAUACAAUAUUCCAGGAAAGAGACUUGCUAAAAACCUUCAAGAUCCCUGUGGACACAUUAGUCACGUACAUUAUGACGCUAGAAGACCACUACCACGCUGAUGUGGCCUACCACAACAGCCUCCAUGCAGCUGACGUCACACAGUCCACGCAUGUCCUCCUGUCUACGCCGGCCUUGGAUGCUGUCUUCACUGACCUGGAGAUCUUAGCUGCAAUAUUUGCCGCUGCCAUUCAUGAUGUGGACCAUCCUGGCGUCUCUAACCAGUUCCUUAUCAACACCAAUUCAGAACUGGCGCUGAUGUACAACGACGAGUCUGUGCUGGAGAACCACCACUUGGCCGUGGGUUUCAAGCUGCUGCAAGAGGAGAACUGUGACAUCUUCCAGAACCUGACAAAGCGACAGCGGCAAACCUUACGGAAAAUGGUGAUAGACAUGGUCCUGGCCACUGACAUGUCCAAGCAUAUGAGUCUCUUGGCUGAUCUGAAGACCAUGGUGGAAACCAAAAAGGUGACCAGCUCCGGAGUCCUCCUAUUGGACAACUACACUGACAGAAUACAGGUCCUACGGAACAUGGUCCACUGUGCAGACUUGAGCAACCCCACAAAGCCUCUAGAGCUGUAUCGCCAAUGGACAGACCGGAUCAUGGAGGAGUUCUUCAGGCAGGGAGACAAAGAACGGGAACGAGGCAUGGAGAUCAGCCCUAUGUGCGAUAAGCACACUGCCUCCGUGGAAAAGUCCCAGGUGGGAUUCAUUGACUACAUCGUGCACCCACUGUGGGAGACCUGGGCGGACCUGGUUCACCCCGACGCACAAGACAUUUUGGACACCCUUGAGGACAACAGGGACUGGUACCACAGUAUGAUCCCCCAGAGCCCUUCCCCACCUCCAGACGAUGCAGAAAAAGACGAUGAGGCCUGCCUGGAGAAAUUCCAGUUUGAACUGACACUGGAGGAGGAGGGCGAGGACUCGGAGCAGUCCGACAAAGACUGCAGCAGUCCUGGCGAUGAGGACAACAGCUAUUACACCGCUGCUGAGGAACACCCACACGAGUCCCUAGAAGGGCAGGACAGACUGACGGAUGACACAUCUCCCGGCGCAUCAUGACUGUAGGGAAGGGACAAUGGAAAAGGAGGAAAAAACAAAACCACAUACAUACACACAGCCACACACAGAGAGAAAGUUUUCACAGGGAGGGGUGGGGAUAAAAAAACAAAACAAAAAAAGCAUUUUUUAUUUUUAUUGUAUUUUUUAUAAAAAGAAAAUCAACAAUAAAAAAGCAGGGUGGGGAGUGGGGGAAAUACACACAGCAACUGUAGAACCAGGUUGGCCCAGCAGGGAGCAGCAACCUUCUGCUGCAGCGACCGGCCCAAGCACUCCAGAGGAAACAUACUUUUCUUUAGCUUUUUGUUUGUUCCUUGGGUAGUGGUUCUUGGUGUUUUCUAAAUUAUUGUUUUAUUUUGCUAAUUUCUGUUUUUAAACAGCCUCCACAGAAAAACUGGUAAAGUUGAGAACUGAAGGAGGAAGGUGCUGUUGAUAUGUGGCAUGUAUGUAGCAGUGGCAGAGGCAAAGCAAGUGGAUUUUUUUUUUAGUAUUUAAAGCCAUUUUUAGUAAAGCAAAGUCACUGCUGGACUUUGACUCCAAACUCUAGGCAACCAUGUAAAUCCCUGUGGUCAUAUGGAGUCCCUGACCCCAAACAAGCCUUCUUGAUUUGAUUCAUUGAUUGAUGCCUUUAUUCCAAAGGUGACAAAGCCUUACUCCUGCAGAGGUUGCUAGACUACAACUCCCAUCUUUCUUGACCACUAGCAGUGCUAACCAGGGGGAUGGAACUGAAGUCAAACGGCCUUUGGAAGACAUCAAAUACAUCAAUUUAUUUUUCUUUGCCCGUUACAGCAUAAUCUUAGGUGGAAAACAGGGUGUUCAAUAACUAGGAAGAAUUGGAGAUUGAUUUUUUUUAUUUUUGUGUUAUUUUUAAAACAAGUAGUAAUUUAUUUUCAUGAGUUUAUAUAAGUUUGAUUUUACUAUGGACUGAUAAGAAGAAACAACCUUGCCUUUUUCCAGUUUUGUUCUGGGGUUUGAUAUAGUUUGCGGGCAGGGAGAUUUUUUAAUCUCCGUUUUAAAGUCUGUGACGCCAUAAAAUUCUUCCAGCAGCAAAUGGGAGAAGAUACUUACUUUUAAACAAAAAGGGAACAAGACAUCAGAUAAGCAAAACAUUCUAUCUUAAUAGCUAAUAAGUCUUCCUCUGCUCAUUAUUUUGCACAUGGACAUAGUCAUGCACACACACACACCAAGGCAAUACAGCCAGGGUUGAAACUGGCCAUUUUGCUCAGACAGCUCUAUUGGGGACCUCAGGUGCAGGUGUUCCUCUCCCAGCAGGGGAAGUGGAUCAGCAAACAGAGAGUAGUUCUGGGGUCUUCCCAAACCAAGUGGUGGGGGGGGGGGGGUAGAAGAUUAAUUGUUUUAGCACUCAUUGGCUGUUUCCAGGUAUGGUGGUCAAAAAGGUUAACUAACAAAUUUGCUAGCUGAUAAAUCUCCAGGGUGUACUAUUCCAUCAAUUUCCUCAUGCUCUUUACAGGUUUGUCAACUAGGAAAAGUAGGCGUAUUUAAUCACUCACAGACACAUAGACCUUUUUGCAUGUGCCACCAAGCACAGGAAUAUUUCAAGAGGAUCUGAAAAAAGCAGGUUCUACGCAAAGGAGGCCUGAGUCUUUAUUUCUGUGCAAUGUAAUGUAAUGUGGCUGGAACACAGAUUUUUUAUUUGUGACGUUAGCUGUGGGUGGGUCUUUUUUCUUAGUUCAAGAGUUCGGAUGCUUUUGGUUUCAGAGCCCACCUUAGAUAGUCUACUUCCUAGAAAUCCUGACAGCCAGCCAUGUGGGUGGGGAGUGAAUGUUUUUCAUGUGCCCAGAACACCCUACCAUCAAUGCCCUAUUAUUAUGGCAUAAGCCAGUUGUUGAUUUUAACCCCUUAAAAUUGGUUUGGGAGGAAACAAACAUGUCCAGGAAGUCAAGUAAUGAUAGGGAAGGUCAGAAUCACAUUUACUGAAUCACCUUGGGCACCUCACCUGAGCUGCCUGCUCUUAUAAAACAGUUAUCCACCCACCAAAGCAGGACCUGUCACCCUGCUGCAAUCCAGCACCUUCACCAGAGAGCAGUGGGUAUGGUAGAAGGAGAAAAAACAUGGUUUUACUCUCCCCUCACCCCCUCUGGGAUCUCUGGGAUCUUGGCUGAUAUUUUCAGGCUGCUUCUAUUCUUUGCCUUAAUCAGCAAGUAGAGCUUGAUUUGUUACUAACCCUCUUACCAUUGUCGUCCUGGUAUCAAAGCUGGGAGAGGGAAGGAAAAUAAUCUUUCUAUCCAAAAUGCCUUGGCCCAACUCCUAGAUGGACCUACUCCUUUGAGUUUUUCCCUCUAUGGCGAAGUAGUACUUGGAAAACCAGUGUAAAGGACCACAGGAGACAAACGGCCAAGGCAUCUCCUUCAUCCUGUGCCUCUAUCCCAUCGGGAUGGGAAGGAGGCUAUGAUAUAAUCAUUGGCCUGCUUGCUCAUGAAUCUCUCACCCAGGUCCUCACACUGCUUGGAGGGCCUGUCCUCACUGUAUUGUUGGUUUGCUGCAAGGGAGAAGAAAGGAGUUUCAAAGCAAGUGGGUGUUGCAAGAGUCUGGUUUCUUGAACUGUGAGGCAAGACAAAUGGCCAAGGGCACAACUUCUCUCCCAGGCAAAGGGCAAAAAGGCCAAGCCUGAGGCCUCUCUCCCAUCCUGUCUUACAGAGCCCGUCCAAAUUCCUCCCCUUUUCAUGCAUAAGGCGAAGCAAUAACAAAGGAGGUCUCCUUGCCAUUCCCAUUAAUGAUGCUGAGCUUUUGAACCAAAGCCAACUAAUCCUCUUUUGCAAAGUUUCCAUUCCAUACAGAACCACCCCACUUUACAUUGGCUUCUGCUUGGCCGGCAGUCUCUCCAGCACAUAAGUCCAGAAAGGUAACUGCACAACUUUUCAGGACUUUUUUCCAAGCCCAAAGCUUGGUCGGAGUGAUUGUAGCCAGGCAGCAGGGAAAACGGCAAUGGGGGUUGUACUGCAGCCACUUUUGUCACCACCACCACCUGUUAGGGUGAACUUGAACACCAUUGGCUCAGGUUCAUGGUCUCGCUAGAGAUCCAGCUGUGCAGAGUAGCUCUGCAUGUUGGCUAAACCCUGUGGUGGCCUAUUUGCGACUGCUGUUACUCUUCCUACCUUGCCAGUCUCUGCUGGAAAGCCAAUAUAAGGUUAUCUCCUUCUCCAACCCAAGGAGAACAUGGCCAUUUCUGAACACAGUACUGUAGCCAUUUCCUUUGUAUUUUUCCACUUUUCUUUCUUGGAGCCUCAACUGAAGAGAAAAAAACAUACAAAAAAGAAAAAAUAAGAAAGAGAACCUCUUUCUUCCUUGAUUUCUGUAUAGCUUUUAUUUUUGUAUGCAUUUCUGUUCCAUGAGUUUAUUGGGUCGGGUUUGGACUGUACAUAAUUGUGAAUAAGAAGAUUGUAAAUUAUUCUAAAGAGCAAAACAAUCUUACAAACAAUACCCUCCCUCUCCCGCAGCCCUUCCUCUGCCCCAACACUUGCUGGGGAGCAGGUAAUGGGGUGUCACUGUGUUGGGGAGCAUCCAUGGAGAGCCAUGAGGUCUCUGGGAGAUUCUCUAGCUGCAUUCUCUCCUUGAGAGCUCUGCAACACAUACACACACACACACACGCACCCUACCCUAACCCAGUUUCUCCUGUCUGUGUAUUUAUGGUGUAAUAUAGACACACAUUGGAAAAUGUAGAGUUGUCAUUUCUUUUCCUUGCGGUGUUGUUGAUCAGCUGUUCUGGUGUUCUCUCUCAAAUGUUACCAAAACCUUUCAGCAGCCAAGCUCACAAUAAACCAGGAGGAAGGGCUUCUCUGUGCCUGUGA